AUGUCCUCCUACAAUAGCCAUUCCUCUCGCAUCGUACCGGCGCACGUCUCCUACCUUGCGAUCUAUAAUCCGUCGCUCGGUUCCACUGACGAGACUGUGGGCGACCAGAUCGUGUUCUAUCACUCGGCAAAACUAGAGGCCGAACAUGAGCGACGCAGCAAGCAGAGAGUCUCGAGCAGCAAGUCACAACAUGGCACACCGGGAAAGGAACAAGAGCAACCAGAUGCUGCUCCAGAAACCCAUCAAGAGUCGGAGCAAUAUGAACGCCAACGGCAGGUCGGGCUUGCGCAGGGCAUGGUGGAUUUUGUAAAGACCUUUUCCAACGGAGCGCCUCUCGAGUCUAUCGAAACGGAAAAGAGUCGAGUCGUCCUGAAAGAGCUCGAGCCUCAAUGGUGGAUACUCGCUUCCAUCAGUCUCACGCGUAUGCCUGCGACCGUCACCAACAGCUCCCCAGCCACGAGAAAGGCUUCCAAUAUAGGGAAAGACUAUCAAAGUGCCGGCCCUGCCUCAGCAGAAGACGUGGAGUACUCGUCGCGGGAGGUUGCACCGGCUCAUCUGCUUCUUGCCCAGCUGAUGCAAGCGUACCGUGGGUUUCUGCUGCAUCAUGCUUCCUGUCUGGCGGAACUGUGGAAGCGACAUGAAAACAAUCGGGAUUUCUUCUGCAGUAUACUGAACCGCUAUUGGAGCCGGUUUGUUCGGGACUGGGAUGUCCUGCUUCACGGCAAUCCCGCAGCAGCGAUGUACGACGCGGUCAAGCUCGCCGGGGGCGGAGAAUUAGGCAUCGGCGUAGGUGAGGAAGAAUGGGGGAGUGGCGAGAGAGAAGUAUUGGAGGGCUUUGCAGGUAGGACCGAAGGCCUUCUCGAUCUGAUUGUGGGAAGAUACGGUGAUGCGCCCCUGGGUCCUAUCGACGCGAAGCAGAGCAAAGAUGUGGAUGCGACGACAGUCUCUGGGCGUCUACAGUCCGAGCCUUGGCUGGGCAAUGGGGACGAUCCACGGGCACAAGAUGGGAUCAUCUUCUCCGGCAUGGGUGCCGUUUCGAGACGCUCGCUCAUCACACUGUCCCAGUGGAUGGAGGACAUCUAUGUCCACGGAGAUGCCGCUUACGGUGUGGGGGAGAAUCCUGCCUCGCGGCCCCGACAUCGCAGAAACAGAAGGAGGGCUGCUGCUCAGCAAAGAUCCGACAGUACUUCUCCGGUAUCCGCCAGUCGCACCCGGCAGCAACACCACGAGGAGGUCUCCUCAAGAGGCAAGCCAUCCAAAGGACGAGCGCCCGACUUGCGCCGCAAAGCAAUGGAGAACAAUGCAAUCCCGCCGGGUAUUCCAGCGCCACUGGUCAGCGCGGUCGAACAGUCUCUAGAUGCUGCAACGAUGAAAGCAAGUUGGACCGAGCAACGUGAUACUGACAAUAGCGAGGAAUUGGACGACGCGGAGCAUAGCCAGAAGCCACAUGGUUCCUCUUCACUGUUCGGCAGGGACAAGAUGCUCAAAUAUCUCAGCCUUGGGUAUGGAUCUAGCUGGACAUUGAACCCAAAAGGGUUUGCUGCAGAAAGGACGCCAGUGAGUUCAGACGUUAGAGACACUGAGCCCUCCGAGACCAAGCCUCAGCCUGAGGACUCAUCGACCGAGGAACCACUCCAGGCACUGGAUCCUACACCCGAAGUGAGUGAUGAAGAAGGAAAGCCUUUUGUUCAGCGGCUCGAACAAUCCAUCGGGAAAUUCUUGAUUGGCCUCUCCGGCGACCUCGAGAAUACUGAAUUCGAUACUGAGCCUGAGGACGAACCAGCAGACCGAGACACAAAACUCGGGAAGAAUGUCUCAAGGUCGUCUUCACCACCGCCGCAAAGUACCCCAAACCGCAUCUUCCUUCGGACUUUGUUGAUUGAGAUGUCCUCAUCACGCUUCUCCCAUUUAUCGGCUGCGGCGAGUCUAUCCUCGCAAGCCGAGAACCGCCGGGCUGACGAGAACGAUGGUUCCCCUCAAGUCAAAACCAGUGCUGCAGCUUCUGUGGAUGGCUCGAAGCCUAACAUUACUCAUGAAAAAGUGCAAGUUGCUGUAUACGUCCAUCAACCAUUUAUUUUCGUGUUCCUGUUCCGGUUGCAUACAUCCAACCUCUCGAUGCCUGAAUUUUACCGAUCUAUCCAUCAUACUCUUGGGCCGCUCCAGAAGAGUCUCAUGCGGAGUACAGAUCCAGAGAGGUGGAGAGAGCGGGUUAUGGAGACACUUGAGCCUGGACUGAAUGCUUCAGCUGAGGUGGAGAACACUACAAGAGCCACGACCGGCAGCAAAGACACACUAGAAGUCUUCGACCUUGUCUAUGAUCCUGACAAGAUGACUAUCCGAACUUCCAUCCCCAACAUACCUCUGCCUGGCAGCCUGGCAGCCGAAGGACUUCACCGAACAUCACGGCAAGUGCAACCUGUCACAGUCUCCGGCUCUUGGUAUACGCUCGGAAUUCCUAUCGGAACUUCGUCUCCUGCCGGAGCCACGAGUCCGUCGAGCCCCGUCGCGCUGGUCAAAAGCAACUGGACCAGGGUGGAAGCGUUGAACGUGCAUACCCACAUCCUGAACAUCUGGGCUGGCACCCGGUAUAGAGGGGCCGGCAUCAGCCUGAGCCGGUCUGGAGCCGGCGAGCUUGAGAGAACAGUGAAAACCGCUCGGGGUUGGUGGGUGGUAUGGAUGAAAGUGCUCGCCUCCUCGGACGGUGAGCCUGAAGUGAUCCAGAGCAGAUCCAACCCAUCGUCCGCGAAAGAAGCAAUCCUGGUAAGAAGAUCUCCACAGGAGCGGGUGGCAAGCAGUAGAGAUCCGUCUGGCGCACGCUUCGAUGCGCGGGCCCUAAGUUCAACGGGGAAAUGGCUCCUCCGUGACCAGCCACGUACUCGAGAGGUCAGUGGUUCUGGCUCAGGUACCGGCUCGAGCCCGACAAAUGCAAAGGGGGUGAAUGAAGGAGUGGGCGUGGAUGCAAGGAAAUGGGUGGAGAGUCUAGUCAAGCUGAGUAUGUGA